AUGGCAACAUAUAGCAUUAUGGCUGAGGCUUCAAGCUGUGUGGGGGAUGUAAGGCCACCUGUGACCAAUCAUGAGCCAAGCAUUUGGGGUGACAUUUUCUCUAAUUACUCUUCUUUUGAAAACCAGGAACAAGAAAAGUACGAAGAAGCAAUUGAAGCAUUGAAGGAAGAAGCAAGAGACAUGUUAAUGGCAAAAACAACUCCUCUCAACCAAUUGAUAUUAAUCGACACUGUUGAGCGGUUGGGAUUGGCCUAUCUUUUCGAGAACGAAAUCGAACACAAACUCAAACAAAUCAAACAUGACGACGAUAACCUUCUUCACCGUUCCGAUUUAUUCACUAUAGCACUUGGAUUUCGCUUGCUCAGGCAACACCGCCAUCACAUUUCUUGCGAUGUUUUCAACAAGUUUGUUGACAAGGAUGGUAUGCUCGAAGAAGGCGACGUUGAGGGAAUGUUAAGCUUGUAUGAAGCAGCCCAUGUUCGAUUUAACGACGAGAACAUACUACAAGAGGCUGCCGAUUUUACAAGGCGUUACUUGAGUAGUCGCGAAGCAGAAUUAGAGUCUCACCUUAAAGAUAGAGUGAAGCGGGCUUUGGAGCGCCCGCUUCAUAGAGAUAUUCCCAUUGUCUACGCACGGAUUUUCAUCUCUAUAUAUGAAAAGGAUCCCUCAAGAAAUGAACUUCUUCUCAAACUAGCUAAACUUAACUUCAACUUUUUGCAGAAGCUAUACAGGAAAGAACUCUCCCAACUCUCAAGGUGGUGGAAUGAAUUUGAUUUGAAAUCGAAAUUACCAUAUGCAAGAGAUCGAUUGGUGGAGGCGUAUAUGUGGUGUGUGGGAUACCAUUAUGAACCUCACUACUCUUAUGUUCGAAUUGGACUUGCUAAAGGCAUUCAAAUCAUUGGAGUUAUGGAUGAUACAUAUGAUAAUUAUGCUACAAUCAAUGAAGCUCAACUUUUUACUCAAGUCUUAGACAAGUGGAAUAUGGAUGAAGCUGAUCAACUCCCUGAAUACAUGAGAACUGUUUAUCGUUUUAUAAUGAGUACAUGUGAAGAUUAUGAACGCAACGCACUCAAACUCGGGAAAGCCUUUGCAACUCCUUAUUUCAUAGAAACGGUGCAACAACUUGGAAGGGCUUACAAUCAAGAGCUAAAGUGGGUUAUGGAAAGAAAACUGCCUCCAUUUGAAGACUAUGUUAAAAACUCUGAGAUAACCAGCUGCAUUUAUAUCAUGUUUGCUGCUAUUAUUCCUGGUUUUAAAUCUCUCACCCAAGAAACUAUUGACUGGAUGAAGAGUGAGCCCAAAAUCGCAAUAUCAACGGGUAUGAUCGGUAGAUAUUGGGACGACAUUGGCUCUCAUGAUCGCGAGAGCAAAGGAGGGCAAGUGUUGACUGCAAUCGACUGCUACAUGAAACAACAUGGCGUAACGAAGCAAGAGACGCUAUUAGAGUUUGCACAACGAGUUGAGGAAGCAUGGAUGGAUGUGAACAAGGAAUGGGUCGAGACAACGUUCGUGUCAACAGAAAUAGCCCUUCAAUUUCUCAACUAUGCUCGAAUGUGCGAUGCCAGUUACAACAACAGCAAUGGAGACGCGUAUACCGACCCUCAAAUGGCCAAGUCAAAUGUCCUUGCUCUCUUUAUCGAACCAAUACUCAUUUGAUUAUUUUUGUUUCAUGUUCACGAAUAAUCAAAGAGAGGAACUAUUCGUCCAACAUGUCGUUUGGGGCGUCUUUGAGUUUCUUUCUUUAAAGUUGUCGUUGUAAGUGAG